AUGGCCAUUCGGAUAGCACAGGGUUGGGGAGUGGCCCCUGAAUUUGUGGCCCGGGUGAAGGCAUGUGCUGAUGCUCCACGGCCCUUCAUGCUGCAAGACGAACCCCGCGCAUGUCCUGACAAGGCGUGCAUCUACUACGACAUGGAAAUCGACCGCAAUUGCUGGCACAGCCUUGCUGGGGCCGAUCUGAAGCAGCAGAUGUACUUGGGCAAGGACGUCCGACAAAAAUGUCCGAAAGUGUCGAGCUUCACAGCCGACACGCUGGAAAAGAACAUCGAGAACGAGUUAAAAGAGAGCAUCCGGAUGAUCCGAAUGCGCAUCGGCUUCGAGAGCGCUUACGAGGACAGCGAAGUUCGAGACGAAGCGCUCCGAACAUAUCUGUUGCAUUUAGAGAAGGAGUGCGUGCUGGACGCGGACUGGGCCUACGACGAUGCGGACCAGGCGAUGAAGCCCUGGGGCGCGCCCUCGCCCUUCAACGCCUCCGAGUACAAGACGUCUUGCCGCGAAGCUUGGGGUAAACACUGGCAAGAGAAGAAGGAUCUGAAAGGCGCACGUCGCUACUUGGCCGUCAAAGAGAACCACGUCCUCAGCGGGGUGCCCCUGCACUUCUCCAGCUCCGACCUAAAGGAGAUUCGAAAAUGCAUCAUGGGAUGCAAGCCGAUACAGGAGUACUUCCGGUACCCCUCAGAUGAUAUUUUCUUCUUCGCCGUCGCGAAGGUCUUCCCGCUUCCGGACAGCGUGUGCUCCGUUUGGGUGUUCAUGGGCGCUGAGGUGAAGAUGUCUCGGGAUCGCAUCAUGCAGCUUUGCAAGGAGCAGAAGGAAGCGGAAGCGGCGAUGUUUGAGGAGGAGGAAGGCUUGAACGAGGAGGAGGACGAAGACUUGGAGGACCUCGAGGCGCCACCAGAGGUGAAGGAGGAGAAGCCGCCGCCUCCGCCGGAGGUCACGGACGACGGCCAGGACCUGUAUGCCACCUCUGCCUCCGACAAGAAGCUCGAGAAGCUCCAACAGGGGGAAGACGACUCCAAGGCGGAGAAGAAGAAAAAGAAAAAGAAGCCAAAAGAAUCGGAGUAG